AUGGUCAUCGUCUGGACUCCCGAGUGGGACAACAAGCUCCUCGUCGCAAUCUGGGAGACCUGUGGAUCCAAGUUCGAUUGGGAGACCACCGCCGAGAUUAUGGGUGGCACCUGCACCCCCGAGGCCAUCAUGCAGCACCUCCGUACAAUGACCCGCAAGGCUGCGGACCGGCGUCAUGAGCAGCGCCAGAUCCUCCUCGAGUCCCACGCCGCCCGCGCUGCCAGUGUUGCCAAGGGUAAGGCAAAGAGAAAAUGGGGCUACAACCGGUCUGCCCUGAAGCGUAUCGAGGAUAUUCACAAGGGUUACGAGUCGGAUGCCAGUGCCAACAGCAAGCCUAGGGGUGCCCGUGAACGCCGCUCCAAGCGCUCCCCCUCGCGUGACACUGCCUCCGCUGAUGAAGUUCCCGCUACAAAGGACGACCGCCGCCCCCAGGCUCGUCAGAAGAGCCCCUCGAAGAAAAAGCAGCCUGCCAAUGACUGGUACAGCACAGACACUGCUGAGGAGGCCUCCAAGGUGCGUGUGGAGGCUGAAAGCCGUGGCAAGAGCCGUCGCCGUGGCACUUUCUGGAACAGCUACGACGACGAGGAGGAGGCUUGA